AUGGCCUCCCUAGGCCUUGCAUAUCUGGAAUCAGAUCCAGAUUCCGAUCCGGAGAUCGUCCCCGAGUCUCCACCGGCCGUGCCAAGCACCGAGUCUUUCUCUCCCGCCAUGCCAAGCACCGAGUCCCCCGUGCUUUAUACUAUGCCUCUCCCCCCUAUUGGUUCAGAGUAUAGUACGCCAGAGGAAGGUCUCGCCGCUAUCAAUGAUCUCGGCCGUACACAUGGGUAUGCGGUUUCAUCAAUUCGGACCAAAUUCACCAAAAAGGGCGUGAAAAAGACUGUACGCCUCCGCUGCGACCGAGGUCUCGUACCAAGAGAUCGGCCUAACGACGGCCCAGAGCGGAAACGACAGACUACCACACUACAAAAUGAGUGUCCCUUCGGUAUAUCGCUUCGACUAAACCAGACAACGAGUGCCUGGUUUCUUACGGUCGAAAAUGCAUCACAUAACCAUCGACCUUCCCCUGCAUCAACUCACGCCGUUCAACGAAGCAAUGAACUUUCAACCAUCAAGGCGGAUAUCCAGAAGCAGCUAGAACAAGGCCUUCCCACUCGCCAAAUUCUCACUAGCAUUCGCAACGAAAACCCAGAUUCAUGUAUUAUCCCUCGGGAUAUCUACAACUUCCGGCGGCAGGUCCAUAUGGAGUUCCUAGCCGGUCGUACCCCCCUACAAGCGUUGUUAAUGGAGCUCCCGAAAAACGGCGACUGGAUCUUCCGGUACGAAGUGGAUGAUGACAACCAUGUUACUACUUUGUUUUGUAUGCAUAAAUCUGGUGUUGCUAUGCUGAAAUCCAACCCCUGGGUCAUUUCUAUGGAUUGCACGUAUAAGACAAACCGGUACGGGCUACCAUUACUUGACAUCGUUGGCUUUGCUGCCACCGGAGCUACUUUUCAUCUUGGCUUUGCAUUUAUGAAGGACGAGCACCAGGACUCGUACGAAGUUAUCCUCAACUGCCUCGCCGAAGCAUACAACUCCCUAGGUCUCGAUCCCCCCCAUACAAUUCUUACAGAUAAAGAAGAAGCGCUGAUAAAUGCAAUUGAAGCUGUCUUUCCUCUGACAAAGAGCAUGAUUUGUAUCUGGCAUAUCAACAUGAAUAUCUUGAAAAAGGCCCGGCCAAUUCUUCGGGAUCAGAUCGCAAAAGCACGGAGCGAGUUAAGCACCCAGUCGAACAGCACCCAGUCGAACACUACCCAGCCAAGCAGCACCCAGCCAAGCAGCACCCAGCCAAGCAGCACCCAGCCAAGCAGCACCCAGCCAAGCAGCACCCAGCCAAGCAGCACCCAGCCAAGCAGCACCCAGCCAAGCAGCACCCAGCCAAGUAUACAGCGUCAAACAAAGGCCCAGCGAGAGAGGGAGCUCACCCAGAAGGUUGACAAAGGCUGGGAGAAAAUGCUAAAGCGCUGGAACGGAAUUGUGUACGCUACUUCCUCUGAGGUUAUGAACCAGCAGUGGGAAAUCUUCAAAGAGAAGUAUAACGAUCCAAUCUUCCAGCCGUUAAUUGACUACAUUCAAAAAGAGUGGCUUGAUGACUGCCCAGAGCGUUUUCUUCAUUGCCAUACCGCUCAAUAUCUCCAUCUCCUUGAGAUUGCGACUUCUCGUACAGAGGGAGGACACUGGCUGCUUAAGCAGGAUCUAUAG